AUGGAGAUCAGGAGGUCCUCUCGCCCCGGAGAUGCCCCGGACCGGAUAUACCAGCGCGCCUACAAGGCAUGUCUCGCCUGUCGUCAACGGAAGGCAAAAUGCGACCUCGGCAAGGGGCCGGAUGGAAUGCCUCUUGGACCUCCAUGUGCUAAAUGUCGACGGGAGCAGAGAGCCUGUGUCUUCAGUGAGAAGAGGGCAUGGGAGAGACGGAAGCGAAAAGGAACAACACACGAUGAUGGCCCAAGGACGCAACGCCGGUUUUCGAGUAGCUUCACGCAUGAUGCGGACGAGUCACGCCAUGUCCGUCGCGACUCCUCAACCCCAGAAGAAGUCGACGAUCCCGGGGCUGCUUCACCACAACGGGAUUCGCCGACUCAUCCUAGUCGACGACAGUCGAAUUCCACCCUAGCAAAUUCGAUGAUGCGAACCGUCGUCUCCAGUGGAAAUGAUGCUCUCAACAUCCUCUUCGAAGCUGCUGCUGUUCACAGCCAGGAGAAUGGCCUGAACGAGUCAGGCCCACAGUCGCGGACGGUGCAGAGCUCCUCAGGUCGAAGCUCAAGUAGCUCCAGGCCGAUGAAUCCCCAUGUCAUGGUUUCCCCGGAAGUUCUCGCAAAGGCCUCACGGCCGGUGGGGCUCUCGCAUGUGUCGAAAGACAUUCUCAGCGUCUGGGAGACGAGUCGUUUUGUCCGGAUGGGAUGGUUCACUUCGAGAGAAGCCGUGACUUUUGUCGACCUUUUCUUUAAGAACAUGUCGCCUAUGUCGCCCAUCUUGACGGACUUCUAUGCAGAUCACAACAACCAUCGCUGGCUCGUCGCCCGCGAUCCUGUGCUGUGCUGUACGAUCCUGAUGAUUUCAUCUCGAUACCACCUGUUGCCUGGGGCUGGGGGCGAAUCGAGGAACUUCUUCAUCCACCACCGGCUCUGGCAACACUGUCAGCAACUCGUCAUGCGACUCACCUUUGGCCAGGAAAGGUCGGCACUAUCAAAAACCCGGAAUAUCGGGACGAUCGAGGCCCUUCUGCUGAUGUCGGAAUGGCACCCUCGAUCUCUUCACUUCCCGCCGGAAAGCGAUGGCUGGGACUUUGAUUUGGUCUCAGGAGACCCGGAGCCUCAGGAGUCAAGCGACUUAUCGACCUCGAAUCGAUGGCUAGAGGACAUGAUUGAACCUGCGCGACGAUCGGACCAGAUGUCGUGGAUGCUACUGGGGUCGGCCCUGUCACUUGCACACGAGUUGGGGAUUUUCGAAGUCGACGACAAGAAGUGGAGCUACCUCUCGGGAUACGAAGGAGCGAUAUCCACAGAACAGAUCAAACUCCGCAGGCAACGCGUCCAGCGGCUGCUGUAUGUGUAUAUCAACCAGCUGGCAUGGCGGAUAGGAUGCGUCUCGCUUAUGCCGCAGAGCUUGAACCACGCGAUGCUAGGCCGGCAAACUCAUCGGGAUUGGAGCCAGUCUGGCGACCACUGGCUGGUAUUUAUGGAUUCUUGGAUGGACCUGACCAAGCUGGCCAAGUCGGUGACGGAUAUGUUUUUUCCUACCGUCUCUUUUGCAAGACAGCAGCUCCAUACUGGACGCUAUAUCGAUUUGCUGGAUCAUUUUCGGCCGUUACUAGUGAAGUGGAAGGAUACACAUCUUCAGCCUCAAUUAGUACUCACCAAACAAUUCUUCGAUAUCCUCUUUAUCGAAUACUACUUUGUGCGCGUCUACACCCACUCCGUUGGCAUGCAGGCGGUGGUCGAACGAGUCCUUGCCGACAGCGACCCGAACACCGAAGAGGUGCGUGCCAUGAAUAUCGACCCGAUCGACUACGAGUACAUCCAGGAGGUCAUUGAUGGGUGUUGUCAAAUCCUGCAGAAAGUCACUCAGCUAGCCGAGGUGGAAAUGCUCCGGUUCUCUCCCGUCCGGAUCUUCCUCCGCAUCACCAGCUCCUCCAUAUUCCUCAUGAAGGCCCUCAGCCUGGGAACGCGUCAAGCGAAACUCCGCGAAUCACUCGACUGUCUAGAACAAUGUAUCCAUGCACUGCGAUCGAAUGCCUUGGACGACAUCCAUCUCAGUACCCGCUACGCUACCCUACUGGAAAUGCAUGUCUCGCGUCUUCGGCGCAACCUACUGGCGUCUUCGAAAACAGUCAAGUCUAACCACGGCACGGGACGAUCCUCCAUGGGCCCUCCACCGAACCCAGACAUGGAGACCCCAGUCAUGGAUGAAUCGCAAAAUAUCUCCGCUGUCGGCUUGGUUCCGUCUCUUAACGACAUCGCGGCGGAUGACUGGCUAUCUCUGCCGUUUGACCCGUCCAUGGCUCCGUUUGGAAUCAGCAGUGGAGGGCAGUUUCCCGCGUACGAGGGGGGAGCAUUGAAUUUUAUCUGGAACCUCCCUUCUUGA